GGCUUCGGGGCGCUCGGGACGCCGCGAGUGCGCGGCGCGGGCGGUUCGCUCUGCGCCCCCGCGGGGAGCCCAGGCUCAGCGGACACCAUGAACUACCUGAACGUGCUUGCCAAAGCCCUCUAUGACAACGUGGCCGAGUCCCCGGAUGAGCUCUCCUUCCGCAAGGGUGACAUCAUGACGGUGCUGGAGCGGGACACGCAGGGCCUGGGCGGCUGGUGGCUCUGCUCACUCCAUGGCCGGCAAGGCAUCGUGCCCGGGAACCGCCUCAAGAUCCUGGUGGGCAUGCAUGACAAGAAGCCGGCGGCACCCGGCCCGCCCCAGCCCAGCCUCCUGGCCCCCACGACCCCGUACACGCCCAUGCUGCCAGCCACCUUCCCGCCCCAGCCAGACAGUGUCUACCUGGUACCCACCCCCAGCAAGACUCAGCAAGGCCUCUACCAGGCCCCGGGGCCCAGCCCCCAGUUCCAGUCCCCACCGGCCAAGCAGACCUCCGCCUUCUCCAAGCAGAUGCCUCAUCACCCGUUCCCCAGCCCAGCCCCAGACCUCUGCCAGGUGCCCCCGGGGCCGGGCAGCCCUGCCCAGGACACCUACCAGGUGCCGCCCUCCGCCGGGGUAGGGCAGGGCGUCUACCAGGUGCCCCCAUCCAUGGACGCACGGCACUGGGAGGGGACGAAGCCGCCAGCCAAGGUGGUGGUGCCCACCCGCGUGGGGCAGGGCUACGUGUUUGAGGCCCCCCCGCCCGAGCAGGACGAGUACGACAUCCCUCGCCACCUGCUGGCCCCCGGGCCCCAGGACAUCUACGACGUGCCCCCGGUGCGCGGGCUGCUGCCCGGCCAGUGCAGCCAGGAGGUGUACGACACGCCCCCCAUGGCCGUCAAAGGUCCCAAUGGCCGGGACCCAUCGCUGGAUGUGUACGACGUGCCUCCCAGUGUGGAGAAGGGCCUGCCGCCGGCCAGCCACCACGCGGUGAGCGCAGAAGGGAUGCUGUGGCCACGCAGGGUGCUGGGUGUGACUGUGUACGAUGUCCCUCCGUCGGUGAGCAAGGACGUGCCCGACGGCCCCCUGCUGCGUGAGGAGACCUACGACGUGCCCCCCGCCUUUGCCAAGGCCAAGCCCUUCGACCCGACCCGCCACCCGCUGGUCCUGGCCGCGCUCCCUCCGGAUUCCCCGCCGGCCGAGGAUGUGUAUGACGUGCCGCCCCCGGCCCCCGACCUCUACGACGUGCCCCCCGGCUUGCGGAGGCCCGGCCCCGGCACCCUCUACGACGUGCCCCGGGAGCGGCUCCUGCCCCCCGAGGCGGCCAGCAGUGCCAUGGCGGAUGCCAGCCUGUACUCGGUGCCUCCGGCGGCCGAGAGGGAGGCCCCGGCCGACGCCAAGCGCCUGUCGGCCUCGAGCACCGGCAGCACCCGCAGCAGCCAGUCGGCCUCCUCUCUGGAGGCGGUGGUGCCGGGCCGCGAGCCCCUGGAGCUGGAAGUGGCCGUGGAGGCCCUAGCCAGGCUGCAGCAGGGCGUGAGUGCCACUGUGGCCCACCUCUUGGACCUAGCAGGCAGCGCAGGCGGGUGCGGGGUCCGGCGCGGGCCCCCCGAGCCUCAGGAGCCUCCAGCCGCAGAUCUGCGGGCCGCCGUGGCCGCCGUGCACGCGGCCGUCCACGAGCUGUUGGAGUUCGCCCGCAGCGCAGUGGGCAACGCCAUGCACACCUCUGACCGCACGCUGCACGCUAAGCUGAGCCGGCAGCUGCAGAAGAUGGAGGACGUGUACCAGACACUGGUGGCCCAUGGCCAGGCCCUCGACAGUGGCCGGGGAGGUCUGGGGGCCACCCCCGAAGACCUGGACCGCCUGGUGGCCUGCUCACGGGCAGUGCCCGAGGACGCCAAGCAGCUGGCCUCCUUCCUGCAUGGCAACGCCUCGCUGCUCUUCAGACGGACCAAGGCCUCUGUUCCGGGGCCAGAGGGGGGUGGCCCCCUGCACCCCAACCCCACUGACAAGGCCAGCAGCAUCCAGUCCCGGCCCCUGCCCUCACCCCCCAAGUUCACCUCCCAGGACUCGCCUGAUGGGCAGUAUGAGAACAGCGAGGGGGGCUGGAUGGAGGACUAUGACUACGUCCACCUGCAGGGGAAGGAAGAAUUUGAGAAGACCCAGAAGGAGCUGCUGGAAAAGGGCAACAUCAUGAGGCAAGGGAAGGGCCAGCUGGAGCUGCAGCAGCUGAAGCAGUUCGAGCGGCUGGAGCAAGAGGUGUCGCGGCCCAUAGAGCACGACCUGGCCAGCUGGACGCCGGCUCAGGCCGGGGCGCCGGGGCGGCCGGGCGGCCUGGGGCCCUCGGACCGGCAGCUGCUGCUCUUCUACCUGGAGCAGUGUGAGGCCAACCUGAGCACGCUGACCAACGCCGUGGACGCCUUCUUCACCGCCGUGGCCACCAACCAGCCGCCCAAGAUCUUCGUGGCUCACAGCAAGUUCGUCAUCCUCAGCGCGCACAAGCUGGUGUUCAUCGGGGACACGCUGUCGCGGCAGGCCCAGGCGGCCGACGUGCGCAGCCAGGUGACCCACUACAGCAACCUGCUCUGCGAGCUGCUGCGCGGCAUCGUGGCCACCACCAAGGCUGCCGCCCUGCAGUACCCGUCGCCCGCCGCCGCCCAGGACAUGGUGGACCGGGUCAAGGAGCUGGGCCACAGCACCCAGCAGUUCCGCCGCGUCCUGGGCCAGUUGGCUGCCGCCUGAGCGCCGCCCGCGGAGGGGCGAGGGCAGAAGGGCAGGGUGGCGUGAGCCCGG